AGUCAUUGCCGGCGUUUCGAACUGUUUGGACGUGUCAAGCGGAUGAAAUCGGGAUAGCGCCAAUAGUUGCCAGCGCAUGUGUAAGCUGCCAGACAUAUGUGUUAGUGUUCCGGGCAAGCUGCCAAAAAUAAUAAAAUCACCAUCCUAUGUCAGACGACUUCAUAUGAGCGAGAGAUCCUGCAGCCAGGACGAAGGAUUUUAGAACUGCAAGAUAACGAGCGACUAAACAAAGGCACUCGAAAACGCCAGAGGGCCAAGAACAAAGAUAGAGGGACACAGCACAGAAAGCUCGGGGGCUUGUCAAUGUGACAAUGCAGCAUCGCUGAACCGCUGGAGCCGUUGGAACCAUCGCAGAUAUACUAUGUAUCUGUAGAAUCCGGAUCCCAAAGGGAUGGUCGCAGCACCAGACGGCGAACAAUGGAAAGUUGCCAUGGCAGAAAAAAUAUGCGCGCCCACCAUUACAUUUUGUUGUUGCCGUGCCUCAUUUUUCUUGUUGCCCUUCUAGACAACCGCUGUUGUGCCCGAAUUGAUGUUAUAUAAAAGGUGGCCAAACAUUUGUAGGGACACGCGAUAUCGGUGACGGAAGCGGGACGAAGUGGGACGAAGCGGGGGCGUUUUCAAUGGGUGGCUGAGCAACAUCAGAAGCUGAACUGAAAAUUUUCAAAUAGAAACAGAAAUAAUAACAGCAGCAAGGGGCUUAAACAAAGGCCAAAUAUAGGAAAAGCCACGUAGAAAGAGCAGUAUACGUUCAUAUUGGAUAAACAAACAAGGCCGGAUACAAGAAGAAGCUGCUGCAAAACUAAACUAAACGAAACGAAACUAAAUUUAAUUUUCUACCAGCCACACAUUGAAUUUUCAUGCAACGAAAUGAGUUUAUUAGAGCCUCCUUGUCUAGUCCUGGAAAAGGCGCUGCUUUUGGGAGCGUUGCUGCUGGCCGUCCUUGCCACACCACUUCUGGCCACAAGCGGCUUACGGGUGCCCACAUUCCUGCUGGAGCCCGCACCCCGGCUGCUCUUCGGCAACGACACGGGUGCCCAGGUCACCUGCACCGCCCACGGCAGCCCGCCGCCCCUCGUCACGUGGGUCCUUCGCGACGGAUCGCUGGCCACCCAGGUGCCGGGCCUCAGGAAAAUAUCAGGCAACGGCACCCUGCACUUCCCCCCAUUCCUGGCCCAAUAUUAUCGCACGGAUGUUCACGAGGCCACCUACAGAUGCCGGGCGAGCAACGAGGCGGGCACCGUCCUCAGUCGAAAUGUUCAGGUGCAUGCAGUGGUGCGUCGUCAAUUCCACGUGCACGUGGAAAACACUGAAGUCUAUUUGGGAAAUUCGGCGUUGAUUAAGUGCGCCAUUCCGGAGUAUGUGCGGCCCUAUGUGCGCGUGGCCAGUUGGCAUCGUGGCGAGGAGAUACUCCUGCCGGAUCUGUCGGAUGUCGCGGGACGCUAUGUGGUCCUGGCCGCCUCCGGGGAUCUCUAUGUGCGUUCCGUGCGUUCCGAGGACGGACUGAUGAAGUUCAGCUGCCUGGUGACAAAUACACUGAACGGCGAGCGACAGCGCAGCGAUGCGGUGAUGCUGCAGGUCAAAGAGUUAAGCAAGAAUCUGGCUCCUCGGACCACCCAGAAACCGGUGAUGGAGAUUCACGUGGAGCGUGGAAACGACGUUCAUCUGCCGUGCAACAUCCAGGGCAACCCAUUUCCCAUAUUUACCUGGUAUCGCGUUUCCGACUCGGCAGCCCUCUAUCCCAUACCCUCGUCACAGCGAGUGAUACUUUCGCGCACACUGCUGCUCAUCAAAAAUGCUGACGAACGCGAUGCGGGCAAGUGGAUUUGCCAGGCCUCGAAUCAGUUUGGGGAGCAGCGCAUCGAGAUCCGACUCAGUGUCAAUUCGUAUGUGUCCGUGCAUAUAUUGCCGCAAGUUCAAAUUGUCAAUUCGGGCGGAACGGCGAAUUUCAAUUGUACGACAACGGGUUCAGCGAUCGAUGCCAUCGACUGGCUGCACAACGGCAAACCGCUGCAGGCGAAUAAUGCACUCACCACCGGCAGGGAUAACAUACGCUUCCUGUCGAAGAGCUCGCUCCUGGUCCAAAACGUUGGACGGCGGGACCGCGGUGUCUAUCAGUGCCUCGUGGAAAACCAACGCGCCAGUGCCCAGGCGAUGGCUGAGUUGAAGUUGGGCGACACUGUGCCGGAAUUGAUUUACACCUUCAUUGAGCAGAACGUUCGUCCCGGGCCAUUAAUAUCGCUUAAGUGCUCCGCCAGCGGCUCGCCGCCUCCACAAUUCGCCUGGCUGCUGGACUCGCAGCCCAUCAUGGAUGUAUCGCUGCAUCAUCGGUUCGCGAUCGGGCAAUUUGUCGAUAUGUCUGGCGAUGUGAUAAGCCAUUUAAAUAUCUCGCACGUGCGUCCGGACGACGGUGGUCUCUACAAGUGCGUGGCCAGCAACUCGAUGGGCAGCGUUCAGCACUCGGCCAGGUUGAAUGUUUACGGACCUCCGUAUGUGAGAGCCAUUGGACCGAUUAAAGCCGUUGCGGGCGAGGAUAUAAUUGUGCACUGUCCGUUCGCCGGUUAUCCCGUCGAGCAAAUUAGAUGGGAGAAGGCGCACCAGGAAUUGACAACGAGUAAGACAAAUUGCAGGGGGAGAACUGAGAGUCCUGAGGGUCUAACACAUUAUUGUCCAACCGCACAACCAGGCAACCACUACGAACUGGCUUCGGUGGCUGACGGAGGGCAGCUGGUCAUCAAGAAUGUGGAACCGGGUCGGGAUCAGGGCAUAUACACGUGCAUUGUAAGGAGUCGGGCUGGCGAGGAGGCGCGACGGGACAUGCAGCUGAAUGUGAACAGUCCGCCCGUCAUCGAGCCCUUCAAGUUCCCCAAGAAUCUGCAGGAGGGCGGACGGGCCCAAAUCACCUGUGCGGUCUCCUCCGGCGACAUGCCCAUCUACUUCAGUUGGAAGAAGGACGACAGCUCCAUCCCAAGCAGUUUGCAGAUUACCGAGAAGAAGGAGGAGUUCUACUCGCUGCUGGUCUUCAAGGAUAUCAGUGCGAGGCACAGUGGCAAGUACACCUGCUAUGCCAGCAACGCUGCUGCCAAGGUGAACUACACGGCUGAGCUGCAGGUGCGAGUGGCGCCUCGCUGGAGAUACGAGCCCAUGGACACGGCCAUUAUGCUGGGCAACACAAUAUCGAUAAAUUGUGAGGCGGAAGGAUAUCCGAUUCCGACUAUUACCUGGUUCAAAGGGCAGGGCAAAGGGUCAAAGGACUUUAAGCCCCUGAGUAUGCGUAAUCACUCACUACUAUUAAAUCUGGCGACGGACAAUGAUGAGGGUUAUUAUAUGUGCCAGGCAACCAAUGAAAUCGGAGCUGGUCUCAAAAAGACCAUUCGUAUAAAUGUGAAUGAACCCGCACGAUUCGAGCAAUCUGCCCGUAACAUAAGUUCCCGUCGCAACGAUCCCGUGACCUUGGACUGCCAUGCCAAGGGCGACGAACCCAUCACAAUUGGUUGGACGCAGAACAACGGACGCAUCGAUCUGAAUAACUUCCGGUUUAGCAUAGCGGAGAUGAAAACGGAAAAGGGCGUGGACUCCCAGCUGACCAUCGGUCAUUCGGACCGCCACGACUCCGGAGUAUACCGAUGCAUAGCGGAGAAUCCCUACGGAAGGGCGGAGCAGAUUAUCUUCCUCGCUGUUCAGGAGCGACCAGAUACGCCCUCCCAUCUGGAGAUCUUUGAGGUGGGUUCGCGCACAGUGAAGCUUAGCUGGCGUCGACCCUUCGAUGGAAACUCGCCCGUUCUCAGCUAUCUAGUGCAGUACCAGGCUUUAAAGUACCUACAGUCCCAUGGUUCUUUGGCCGCAGCUGGAGGGGAUUGGAAUGGGCACGUCAUCAACGUCAGCCUGCCGUCGACGAGCAUAAGUCGCAGCUAUGACAGCGACCUGCGAGAGAGCGCCAUUGUGGCAGGUCUGACCCCUGCGACCACCUUUCUGAUUCGCAUGCAGGCCAUCAACGAAAUCGAGCGGAGCGCUUACACCGAGGCCAUUGUCCUCAAGACCCAAGAGGAGGCGCCCACCGAGGCCCCCUCCAAUGUGCAAGUGCAGACGGGUGGAGAGAGCGAGCUGAUUGUUACCUGGCAGAUCCCGCCGCGGGAAUCGUGGAACGGCGAGCUCAUCGGCUACACCGUGAACUGCAGCGAGGAGAAGCAGAACAUCAACUUCAUCAGCGUGGUGAACAGCUCGCUGAAGUCCACGAUUGUCAGCGGAUGGGCGACAACUAAGGCGACUUUGAGGGGUCUCCGGAAGUACUCCCGCUAUGCGGUCACCAUUCGAGCGAUGAACAGCUUUGGAUCCGGUCCUUGGAGUGCAGCCAUCUUUGGAACGACCGCGGAGGGAGUUCCCGAGGCAGCGCCACAGAACGUCAACUGCACCGCCCUGUCAUCGCAGAGUCUGAAGAUUUCGUGGCUGGAGCCACCGCUGCAGUUCCACGGCGGCAUUAUACAGGGCUAUAAAAUUUUAUAUCGCCCGAUUGUGCAUCAAAUUGAUUUUCCCGCCAAGCUGGAGAUCAAGCGCACAUCGAACCUGGAGACGUACCUGCAUACACUACACAAGGCCAGCAAUUACUCGAUCCGAGUCCUGGCCUACACAGCUACUGGCGAUGGCCUGGCUAGUCAUCCGCUUUUCUGCCAGACGGAUGACGACGUGCCCGAUGCACCGGCGGCCAUUAAGGCAGCAGCCCUGACGGCAGAUUCGAUUUUGAUUUCCUGGCUAACGCCGAAAAAUCGCAAUGGGAUCAUUUCGCACUACACGGUUUAUUCCAGGGAGGCGGGUCGCAAAGGCCAGGCUAAGACUCACAUGGUGCGUGUCGACGAGAACGGCUAUCCGGUGACAUUCGAGUCACGCAGCCUGGCCGAAAAUCAAAUGUACGAAUUCUGGGUUUCGGCUUCGACAUCCGUGGGCGAAGGGGAGCCCACAUCUGUGAUCGCCCAGGCCACCAAUACGCGAGCUCCCGCCCGAAUCGCCUCCUUUGGUCAGGUGGUGCGCAAGGCGGUGGGCACUGGACUGGUGUUGGAGUGCCUGGCGGUGGGUAAUCCCACACCACGGGCUCGAUGGCUAACCCGCGAUCGUCCCGUCACCUUCAGUCCUUUUUACGAGGUGACCAACGAGGGCAACCUGAAGAUUCACCGCGUCGAAGGCAGCCUCUCCGGAAAUUAUACAUGCACGGCGAACAAUCUGUUCGGCAGUGAUGAGAUCCAGUACCAGGUGAUUGCCAUGAAGCCACCGAGCGCACCGCAAAUCAUCGUGCAGUACGCUUCCGCCGACAGCAUUCGCGUAAGCUGGGAUGCCCCCGACGAUGGGGGAGCUCCGCUGCAAGGAUACACCAUAUCGUACCACACGGCCGGAGAGAGCUGGUCCAUCACGGAGCUGCUGCCCGAGAAUAAUGCCUUUACGAUCUCGGGAUUGAAGUGCGGAAAUCAGUACAUUAUAAAAAUGUCCGCACACAACAUGGUGGGCUCCGGGGUGGCCAGUGAGGAAAUUAACGUCUGGACCAAGGGUAAAGCCUCUCAAGCUCCGAAUGCCAACGAACUAAUUGCCACAAAUGCGACGUGCGUGAAUUUGAAGCUGUCAUCGUGGCAAAAUGGUGGCUGCAGCAUUCAUCAUUUCUCCAUCGAGCACAGACCGCUGGGCGACAUACGGUGGACAGUUGUCACAUCGGAUAUUUCGAACGCCGAGGAAAACCGUGAAAAUUUAAUCUUCUGCGACUUUCUGCCUGCCAAGUGGUAUCAGCUGCGAAUCUCUGCCACCAACGAUGCGGGAAAAACGACGGAGCAUUAUCAUUUCAGCACAACGAACAUCGAUGGCAUCACCAUUCCGCCGCCAUCGGUUUUCCCCUCGGAAAACGAUUUGAUGAACAAUCUGAUAAACUCAACAAAUCCGACCAGCGGUGAUUGGUUCGCAACGCUAAUUGUCGUCGUCAUCAUCACGGUUUCCAUCAUAACGAUAGCUCUGACCAUCAAACAUCGACGCACUCUAUGCGGACCCAUCGCCGAGGGCUACGAAUCCAGGACCUUACCCGGGGACUACAAGGAGGACCACGAAAAUCGCCGGAAUCAGCAGGUGUACAGUGCCUCGCCAGUUAAAACGGUAGACAAGGGAAAUGAGUCGGAAAUGUACGAGAUUUCACCGUACGCCACGUUCAGCGUGAAUGGCGGACGGACAGGGGCUCCUGCCAAGACUCCCACACGUGCCGUGGCGGCUCAAACGCCCCUCGAUUACACCAUGCAAUUCAAAACCUUCGGGCAUCCGGAGGGGGAGAACUUAAACGCUACCGCCUACCCACUCCUGCCCAGCUCGGGAUUCGGUCACGUGAAGAGCAAGUCCAGCUGGCACAAACAGCGCUAUUACAACACGGAAGAUGAGUCUACGCUGAGCAAAUCGAUGACCAUAGUAGCCGGUUCGCAGGCAGGACACUCAAAGAAAUCCAACGGAGGACGGAGUGCCAAGAGCAGCGCAGCCUGCAGCGGAGUGGUGGCCGGAUCGGAGUCGGACACGAGCAUCAGUCCCAGCACCGAGUUCUCCAACAUGCCCACCUACCGAGUGCCAUGCAAGUCGUCGCGCAGCAGUGAUGGUCGGGCGGUCGUAGAUAUGUUCCGACCGGACUCCAGCACCGAGUCCAAUAAUGACCAGGGCUCGCCGGCGCCCGAGCGUCGACACAACACCCCACGCCACGUCCUAGGGAUGGGCAUGGCCAUGGGCUUGGGUGGUGGUGGCGGUGGGGGCGUCGGUGGAGGCAACGGGCCGGCCGAGAAGCGGAGUGCCGGACAACGCAGCCGGAAGCACGGAAGCGCGGCACAGCAGCCUAGCAACCAAACGUUGGAGCGAAGAAAGUGCCCUGGUAGUAGCAACAGGUAGUUCAGUUUAGACAGUGAGGUCGAUGCGGAGACCGCCGCCUCUUUGGCAGCCUCUAUAGCCGCGAUGGCGGGGUCGGGAGCGGGAGCCGACCUUUCCGGUGGUUUCCGCCCGCCGGCUGGAUUCCACGAUGGCCGGGAGCCGGGCGACCACAGCGAUUGCGAGCGGGAACAGCGGGCGCUGGAUCUGGAGGUGCAGCGCGUGAUGGAGAGCACCGGGGACGCUCAGCUGGCCAAGAUGGAUCGCGAGGAGUUGACCUCACUGUUGGCAAGCGUGUACCUACCCCGAACUUGAACUUGAACUUCAACUUGUUCUUGAUCUUGAACUUGAGCCCAUACUAACCAGUACUGCGAACCUCUAGGUAUCACGAGAAGAAGGAGCAGGAGCGCCUAGAAUACACGAUACACGUAUAAUAGUGAUCACUGUACAUGGCAGUGUCACUCAGAAAAAUACACACACGAUGACAUACGAAAUGUGGCAUUUAAAUGCAUUUAGCUAAGAUCUUAAGCGUUGUUCAAUAAGUGUACACUACUACCACGUUUAUGGGGCUGACAUGUGGCAAAUAAAAAAAGAAAAAAAAAAGCUGUAAAUAGUUUAAAAAAAGUGCUCACAGGGAAUGAUUAUUAUUAGGAAAAAUAAGCAUUUUAACCAGCAAUAUUAAUGAUUCGUUUCCAAAUUUCAAAUGUCAUCAAAUCGUGGCAAUAAUUAAGAGCCCCCAAGUAAUUAAAUUUCAUGCAAAAAGGUUAAGCGCAUAAACGUGGUGUAUAAUGUAUUUAGUCUGUAAGAUGACACCCAAAGUUCUCGCACACUCGAUCGAGCAAAUUAAAGACUAUAUCUAGAGACUAUAUCUAUAGAGAUCUAACUGACUAUUGAUUACUGAUGCUCCCAACUGAUGUUGCCAGCGAUUUCUAUUGAUAUUUAAACUGAUAAUCGUUACGAGACGAGUUGAACUGUAUCUGCUAGCUAGUAAUAGUACCAAUAUACAUAUAUACAUACGCAUAUAUUUAAUUCAAUUUGUUGUGAUAAAUUAAAUUGUUCUGAAGUACGCGUUGAUGCAAAAAGCAUGUCAGGUUAAUGAACUGCGUAACUUGAUUGACACUUUCGGAGCACUCAUAAAUGCCGGCUAUUUAAUCGAUGUCAUUUGGUUUGUUCGAGAGACUUUUUCAUUCAUUUGUACAAUUGACAAAAAUCUGUUACUGCAUUUAUUGGAAAAGUAAUAAUUAUGGAAUUUAAUUAAAAGUAAAUCAACAAUUAAAUUGUAUUGCUACCAUAGGUAAAAUAUAUACAUACGAAAUAAACCUAAAUUAAUAUAUAUAUGCGGAGAUGAAGUGCGACAGAGAACG